AUGUUCUUCACACAACCUCCUCACCUGGCAAAGGCCGAAGAGCUCAAGCAGGAGCCUCCCAAUGGGACAGCGUACUCGAUCGCGAUUCCCGGCACUGAGCAGCCUGGCCGCAGUCGUGUAUACCGAGCAUGGAAUGCGCAGAAGGAAUUGUUGACCACGCUGGAUCCACAGGUCACCACUGCCCAUGACAUGUUUGAAUCGAGCGCCGUCCGCCAGCCCAAGAACCACUGCCUUGGAUGGCGUCCAUACAACCGCGUAACCAAGACCUAUGACGAAUAUUCAUGGCUCACAUAUGAGACGGUGCAGAAGAGACGUGCCGCAUUUGGUGCGGGUCUGGUGGAGCUCCACCACAAGCACAACUGCCAUCGCCCCGGGCAGUAUGGUAUCGGUCUCUGGUCUCAGAACCGACCGGAGUGGCAGAUCACUGAUCUUGCUUGCGUUUCUCAAUCUCUUUACUCCGUCUCCAUCUACGAUGUCCUGGCACCAGACGCUACUGAAUAUAUCAUCAACCAUGCUGAGCUGCACUGUGUUGUUACUUCUUUGCCGCACAUUCCCACCCUGCUGAAGCUCAAGGCUUCUCUACCCAACUUGAAGAUGAUUGUCAGUCUGGACCCGCUGGAUGGCGGUGAGGAGAAUGGACAUUCCAAGCGUGCGCUGCUUGAGUCCAUGGCUGCUGGUAUGGACGUGACUAUUUACUCCAUGGAUCAGGUGGAGGAGAUUGGCGUCGCCUCUAAGCGCGGAUACAAUGCUCCCUCUGCAGAUGAUAUUGUCACGAUCAACUAUACCUCCGGUACAACUGGUCCCCCCAAAGGUGUGAUUUUAACCCACCGCAGUGCGGUGGCUGCUACAUCCUGUGGUCUGGCCUUCAUUCCUCAAGCUAGAGGUGACACAAUGUGCUCUUACCUCCCAUUGGCCCAUAUUUAUGCCCGUCUUUCCGAGCACACUGCUUUGUGGGGUGGUGCUCGAAUCGGCUACUUCCACGGAAACAUUUUGGAGUUGGUGGAUGACCUAAAACUGCUUAAGCCCACCGGCUUCAUAUCUGUCCCUCGUCUAUACAGCCGAUUCGGUACUGCUAUCCGUGCCGCAACAGUCGAGCAGCCUGGUUUCAAGGGUGCUCUGUCGCGACACAUUGUGGCAGCCAAAACCGCCAAUCUGAAAAACCCUGACCCCUCCAAGGCGACCGGCAAGCACGCCUUGUACGACCGCAUCUGGGCCAAGAAGGUGGCUGCCGCUCUCGGUCUGGAGCGAACUAAAUACAUGAUUUCCGGCUCCGCGCCUCUGGACCCAACCCUGCACAACUUCCUCCGCAUUGCCACCGGUUCCGAUGUCAUCCAGGGCUAUGGCCUGACCGAGUCCUAUGCCAUGGCCACCGCCCAGUCCUCGAGUGACUUGUCAUCCGGCAACUGUGGUCGCAUCGCACCUAGUAUGGAGGCAUGCCUGGCCUCCCUUCCCGAUAUGGAAUACUCCGUGGACGACAAGCCCUUCCCUCGCGGCGAGCUCCUACUCCGCGGUCACAACAACUUCCGCGAAUACUACAAGAACGAGGAAGAAACGUCCAAGGCCGUAACCGAAGACGGCUGGUUCCGCACCGGUGACGUCUGCACCGUCGACGAGAGAGGUCGCUUCAUCAUCAUCGACCGCCGCAAGAACGUCCUCAAGCUCGCCCAGGGCGAGUACAUCUCUCCCGAGCGCAUAGAAGGAGUUGUCCUCUCCGAGCUCGGCUACAUCGGCCAGGCCUACGUCCACGGCGACAGCCUGCAGACCUUCUUGGUUGGAAUUUUCGGCGUCUCCCCCGACAUGUUUGCUCCAUUCGUGAGCAAGGUUCUAGGCAAGGACAUUGCCCCGACAGACCUCGAAGCAAUCAGGGAAACCCUCAACGACGACAAGGUCCGUCGUGCCGUCCUCCGUGACCUUGAGCGCAUGGCCAAGAAGCACAAGUUCGCCGGAUAUGAGCGCAUCCGCAACAUCUCCCUCAAGCUUGAACCGUUCACCAUUGAGAACAACCUCCUCACCCCAACUCUCAAGCUCAAGCGUCCCCCCGCUGUCAAGCUCUACCGCACCCUCCUGGACCAGCUGUAUACCCAGGCUCUCGAGGAAGAAUCUGCUCCCCGGGCUAAGCUGUAG